AUGCCAGCCACUCAUGUAUUAGACGACUACCACCUCGUCAUCACCGCCCUCAUCACCGUCGGCUACCAGCUCUUCUUCUUCGCCAUCGCCUACACCUGCAACUUUGACAAACUCACUGACUUCGCCCGCGGCUCCAACUUCAUCAUCCUCGCCAUAUUCUUCCCCUUCUUCGGCUUCUGGGUCUUCCAGAUGCUCUGGGUCUGGACCGUCUCGCUGCCAGUCACGGUGCUCAACUCGCCGGCCGUGACGCGCUAUCCACAUCAUCGGUUUGGGACGGGGAGGGAUAUUGCGGGAGUGGUCAUGUAUUCCAUCGCUGUCUGUGACGGAGGCUUGUUUGCUGUUUCGCGGCAUCCUAAUUACUUUGGGGAAACCCUCGUCCAUUUUGCCAUUUAUAUGAUUGCCGUGUCAUCAGCAGCAGAUGGCUUCGUCCACGGCCAAGCCUAUAAAGCCCUUUAUGCCACCAUCCUAGGUCCAAUCUUCCUUACAUUUCUCCUCUUGUUCGUUUCUGGGAUACCGCUCUCGGAAUGUCCAAAGGCAAAGGCACGAUAUGAAAGCGACAACAAUUGGCAUGCCUAUAAGCGCUGGUUAGAUCGUACCAGCAUCCUCAUCCCAUUCCCUCCGCAGCUGUACGAGAAGAUGCAGAUAAUCUUGAAGAGAACCAUCUUUCUCGAAUUUCCCAUGUUUGUAUUUGACCCAAAGAAGCACUCUGAUAUGAGUCAACAUGGAGAAGCUGCGGACGAGGGCGAUGUUGGACCUGGAGGAGAUGACCAAAGCAGUACUCCACAGAGCGGCGAUGAGAAGCUGAUAUAG